UCUCAGUGCUUCUCUUAUUUGACAGCAGGGGCUUGUUUUACAGCACAAAACAACAAGGAUGAAGGUUUCAAGCGGCGAUCCUGGAAGAAGGAAAAAGCAGGGGACGCAUAUUUAACUGAAAGACCAUCGGGUUAACCUUUAUCUCUCUGCGGGGGCUGUAAAUCUGAGGCAGAUCUACGCCAAUAUCGACCAAACUGCAGCUCAAUCUGUCUCAAGUGUCUCCCUAGAAUUGUUGUUGUUAGCUGCUAAUGCUAAUCAUAGAAGUUCGGAGCUAGCUGGCCUAGCGGGCUAAUGUUCAGGCUGGUGUAGAUUAAUGCAUUAGCUCGUUGUGGGUGUUUUUCUCACCAUGUCGCAGGGACUGAACUGGAGGCUGUGGAGCUAAUGGAGACAUCCUGCCAUAGCUUUAGUUUUUUAGGAACUGCAGCUUUGGCUAAGUUUGUAAAGUAGCAGCGGAUAUAGUCGGCUAGCUGCGCGUUAGCCACAUCCCUGGAAGAAUGACCAGAAAACACCGUCAUUUUAAAGGAGCAGAAGUCAGCUGCUGUGUUAAAUACUUCUUAUUCGGAUUCAACAUCAUAUUUUGGUUACUAGGAGCAGCAUUCUUGGCCAUCGGCCUGUGGGCAUGGGCGGAGAAGGGUGUGCUGUCCAACCUGUCGUCCAUCACAGACCUGGGGGGUUUCGACCCCGUGUGGCUCUUCAUCGUGGUGGGCGGGGUCAUGUUCAUCCUGGGCUUCGCCGGAUGCAUCGGCGCGCUCCGAGAGAACACUUUUCUGCUCAAGUUUUUUUCAGUCUUCUUGGGUUUGAUCUUCUUCUUGGAGCUAACAGCGGGGAUCCUGGCAUUCGUGUUCAAGGACUGGCUCAAAGACCAGCUCAACUUUUUCAUUAACAAUAACAUCAAAGCCUACCGGGAUGACAUCGACUUGCAGAACCUCAUUGACUUUGCGCAGGAAUAUUGGUCGUGCUGCGGAGCUCACGGUCCGGACGACUGGAACCUGAACAUUUACUUCAACUGCACCGAGCACAACCCCAGCAGGGAGCGCUGUGGAGUACCCUUCUCCUGCUGUGUCAAGGACCCUGCUGAGGAUGUCAUCAAUACACAAUGUGGAUACGACUUCCGGCGUAAAGGGGAGCUGGAUCGACAGAAGGACAUUUACACAAAGGGCUGUGUGGGCCAGUUUGAAAAGUGGCUUCAGGAGAACCUCAUCAUUGUGGCUGGGAUCUUUGUGGGAAUUGCACUUUUACAGAUUUUUGGUAUCUGCCUUGCCCAAAACCUUGUCAGUGAUGUCAAAGCUGUCAAAGCCAACUGGUGACAGGAGGGGGCGCCACAUCCCUCCGAUCGGCACACUCUAGUCCAGUCCAGCCGAGGACACAGCACAAACGCACUCACUGAGCUACUCUUCAUCACUCACCUGAUGACGAGACCAACCAAACAUUUAACAAAACUGUUGUUUACCACUCGACCGGGUGCUGACCCAAAUAUUCAGAGGACCUUCUUGUUGUUUUCAAAGCUAGUUUCUUAAAUUUAUCUUUUUUUCUGAAGUAGUUACAAUGGACAUGUGUUUUAUCAAGGGCACAAUUGCACAAGGACUCCUUUUGAAACUGGAGAUCAGAAAGCCAUGUUUGACAGAAAAAAACUGGACUCAGCGACACGGAAGAUAAGAGAAAUAUAACCAAUUUGUAUGUCAAGUUUUUCAUGCUGACCAGAUACCACCGACACAGAGGACUUCCUGUGUUUUGUUUUCCUCCUAUGACCUUUAAUGACCACUGAGUGACGCAAAGGGAGCCAACCCACUUCAACUGUAAAAAAAAAAAAAAAAAAAAGAAGUUUAAAAGUGCCAUUAAUUUCCUGCGAUUUAUCUCUGCCCUCCCUGUUCUUCACAUGGCAUUUCUGCAUCACCCGCCCCACAAUACCUCAGGGCCUCACACAAAUUAUAUGCUUUCUCUUGCUAUGCUAUCUCCCUUUCCCAUCCAGUGUCUGUUGAAUUUAGAUAGAGAGUAACUUAAAGCAGAAAGCCAGAAGACGCUUUUGCUAGAAAGUCACCCCAUUUCCCCUGCAGUGAUUGUAUUAGUGGUUCAUUUACUGAAGGAUGUAUUGUAUUAUGUGGGAAGGCCUGGUCAGGACAAUACCACAUGGGGGAAAAGGGCCUAGCGAUAGAGAUUGUGCGUUAAACUCCCAGCAUCCCUCGGGCACACGGGGAUGCGGGCUCGGGGCCUUUAUUUUUUUACUUGAUUUGUGUCACCGCAUUUGUCUUACGCUUUGUAUGUUUCAGAUUCUUCAAUGUUUUAAAAAUGUUUCAAGCUGUUUUUGUUUGACAUCAUACGGCACCUGUUUACCUCUCAUGACUUCACUGCAAAAAACAAAAAGAAAUGUUGUUUUUAGACGUCAAAAUGGAGACCAAAUAUUAUCAGCUGGCCAUGACGGCGCCGAUUCUAACUGACUUGGCCAACAUGUGAAUUUAUUGUCCCUUUAUGUGGGAAGUGCCAGUUUAUUUGAUGAAUCAAACGCAAUUAAAAUGUUACAUUAUCAUUUUUAUUUGUAUGGAAUAUUGUCUCAUUGUUUUUAUUGGUGUUUUUAUAGAUUAAUGAUAUGCUGAAUGCUCUGUCACUAUUUUAACACAAAUGCUGCUUUAGAGUGAACUAGUAAACUAACAGCCUCUUUAAAGAUAGUGGCUUUUGAAGCAUUGCCACGUUUCUUUUUAUAUUCAUAUUCACUUUUUCGCCCCUUUUUCCACAUUAUGUACAGCUGCGAGUGCGUAACUCACUUGGAACGCGACGAACAGCAUCCCUCCGAGCCGUUUCAUCUUGUUUAUCCCCACUAAAUGUGUUUUUCAAUGCAACUAGCUCCACUUGAUAAAUCCACUGAACCAACUUAAUGAAAUUAGUGGCUGUAACAAUUCAUAAUACUUACCCAGAACACCUUGCACUGCAGCCUGCCAAGUUAAAAGAGGACUACCAUUUAUAUCCAGUGACAGCUCACAAAGUUUGUACACAGUUUGAAUAUAUGUUUUCAUUUUUGGUGACAGCGCCUUGUGAUCAUGCUACCCGUGCACGCCGCAUGUCGCGUCUCCAUCUUCAAAACAGCUGUUGGUUCAGAUCUGCGUCAGUUAGGAGGAAGGCUGCCAUUUUUGGUGUAUUUUUAAACACCGGGCCUGUUUGAAAGUGUAGGACAAAAGGAAGAUCUGCGGAAGAACAAAAUGGUGGCAAACAAAAGGGAUGUAAAUUUAGACCAUAUGAAUGUGCGCGGCGUUAGGUUUGACAGGUGCGGUGCAAAAGACGGAGCUCUGCCUCAUGAGCGCUCUUCCAUUUAACGGCUUUGUGUGAAACCGUUUGUACUUUGUUAAACGGAACCGACACAAACAUUUGCAGACACCAAAUCAGCGUACACUUGUUUCAAUCUUAUAUAUAUAUUUCUGUAGCUUUUAUCUUUUAGCCUGACCACCCAGCCAUGUUUAUUUUCCCAACAAAUAAGAGUAUGGAAUUGCACUCUUCAGUCUUGUUCUGUCAUGGCUUGCUUCUCUUCGCCCAUUUUUUUUUAAUCCUAUAAUUUUACGCCAUAUUUCACAUAAUAAUAAAUAUGCAGUAGUCUUAUAUUACGCUUUUCCAGACUCUCAAAUUCGCUUCACGAUCCUUCAUUCCAUACGAUUGUAGCCGCGCUGGUGUAGAAGGACAACCACCAGCACUCACACGCUCCACGUUCAAACGAGGCCGAGCGGGGGAAGUGUCUUGCCCAAGGACACGGCAACAGUUUUGCCAAUAGCGGUAAUAUCAGAUACCACAAAGUACUAAACAGGCCCGGACUUGCUUAAAAUGCGAAGAUCUGACUAGACGAUUCUUCAGUGAUCGAUUCAACGCAGAUCAUACCAUAUUUCAAGUAUUUUUUGUAAUUGGUUCUGCUAAAAAAUACAAUACAAUUAAGAUUCAUUAUCUGUCCAUCGUUACUGAGUUUACUUUGUGCAUACUUAACGAGUAUUUGUAUUACAGUGGUCCCUCGUUUAUCACGGGGGUCAUGUUCUAAAAAUAACCCACAAUUAGCGAAAUCUGCGAGGUAUCAGCUUAAUUUUUUUUACAAUUAUUACUGACUACGCGAUGCUGCCGAAUCCUACGCGUAUCAUCGAUUUCGAAAAUAAAAUUAGAGAACAAACUAAGUACGUCACAGUGGAGGUGAAAACGGGGGUAGAUCUGCAAAAUGGCGUCUUGAAAAUACGCGAUUAAAGAUUACUCAAACAUGACUCACUCCAAAUACAACUUCAGGGGGUCAGUGAGAAGAAAAAACUACAGUAAAUCAUGGCUAAAAGCUCUGAAAAGUGAAUUUUGAACAGGUCUGAUUUAACAUUUGCGAGAAGAAAUAAGAAAAACUCAAAGAAUCACAUGCAAACUUAGCAGAUUUCACACCUAAUGAAACAGAAGAGUUUGUUGUUUGCAGAAGAAGUGAAAAUACAGUGGUCCUAACGGUCUAAAAAUACCCCGCAAUAGGCGAAAUCUUCAGUAGCCAUCUUUAUUUUUUUUUAACCAUUAUUCUAUAUGUUUUUGGCUGUCAAACCCCUCACCACACACCUUAUACACUUUUCUCACACAGGCAUUAACAUUUUCUCACAUUUCUCUCUCGUUUAAACUCUCUCAAAGUUCAAACCUUUGUAGGCGUCUUUGUCGGUGCAGAACGUUUCAUCGACAUUGUGGGUUUUGUCGGGGAGAAAACAAAUUGCAAACGUACAGCACUUAAGAGUCACACUGCGAUCCAACAUUUACGUGAAUUUCCAAAAAAAAGCAUGUAAAAUUGCACUAAAACAAACCCGCACUGAUCCUAUGCCAUUUCUUUGCAUGUAUUUUUUACAUGUCAAUCAAACUCAAAUGGAUCCCAAAUCAACUAAUAGCACUCUAGAAUGGAAAAUAAACAUGGCUGGCCAGGCUAAUAUCUCAGGGUUUCUUCUCUACGUUAAAAUAUGUAAAAAGCAUUUUCAUAUGCAAAUUCUGCCUUUCCAAGCAACACUUAAGACACCAUUAACCACAUCGUCAUAGUAACAUCAUCAUCCUCGUGUUUCGCUUCGGGGCAGGUCUUCAAUAUGCAUCCAGCUAUGUCUCGAUUCAACCAUUUUUGCUAAUUGCAGUUUGUAAUUCGUUUAAUUCGUGUGGGGGCUGAGGGGGAGCAUGCUAAUUGUGUUUUGUCCUUUUAUGACAAUGGCUUUGCACCAAAUGCGCUCUCCACGUUCCCCAUGGGCAGCGAUAUCAUUCCCAAGGAGCGGUUUGUGAAUGUAUACGACGUGGACCUAUGUGUUUGUUACCGAGGGCAGCCUAAUUAUGCAGAACAAUGCACUACAGCGACGCCAACAAUGUGAAUGACAACCAUUUCGACGCCUUUUAACACGUUUUUGAGUUAUGAAAGCGUUCCACUUAUGCAGACUCACAGCUUUUAUACAGGAAAAUGCCACAGAAUUAAUAAGCAACAAAUCAAGUCUAGUUCAAACAAAACUGAACCACUGACGGGUGAAAACAUAUUGUUCAGCGAGGUUUCAGUUAAUGGGUGAUUAAGAGCACUCGUUGUCCUCUAAAUCUUUCACAGUAUGGCUUUAAACAGUCCUUAAAUGUUUCACAGUAUGACUUUAAACAAGUCUAUUGACCAUUUAUGUUGUUGUCUGUUUUUAUUCCUCAAAAAUACCCAUUGAAAAACGUCUUACUGUUGAUGUUUACUGUACACUUCUUACUAACUCAGUCUGGUUGUGCCUGUUGCUUGUCUCCAUGGCGAUAAGGAUAAGUUUAAAGCCAUACUAUGGAGCAUUCAAAGACAAUUCCAUGUCUUCCAUCAGAAAUACAUGCUGAAAUGGGCUAGCUUUAGAUUUAGGAAAACUUAAGUUAAUUGGUUUAUUAAAAACACCCUUUGUCUUGAAAUGUUUCACAGUAUGGCUUUAAACAGUCCUUAAAUGUUUCACAAUAUGACUUUAAACGGUUCUUAAAUGUUUCACAAUAUGGCUUUAAACUUGUCUUUUUAGCAUUUAUGAUGUUGGGUGUUUUUAUUGCUCAAAAAUACCCAUUGAAAAACGUCUUACUGUUGAUGUUUACUGUACACUUCUUGCUAACUUAGCCUGGUUGCGCCUGUUGCUUGUCUCCAUGGCGAUAAGGAUAAGUUUAAAGCCAUACUGUGGAGCAUUCACAGACAAUUUCAUGCCCUCCACCGGAAAAACAUAUUGAAAUGGGCUAGUUUUGGAUUUAGGAAUAUCCUUUGUUAAAUGUUUCACAGUAAGGCUUCAAACUGUCCUCAAAUGUUUCAUACUAUAGCUUUAAACGGUUAUUAAAUGUUUCACAAUAUGGCUUUAAACUUGCCUUUUUAGCAUUUAUGUUGUCAGGUGUUUUUAUUGCUCAAAAAUACCAAUGAAAAACAUGCGUACACUUCUUGCUAACUUAGCCUGGUUGCACCUGCUGCUUGUCUCCAUGGCGAUAAGGAUCAGUUUAAAGCCAUACUGUGGAGCAUUCACAUAGAAUUUCAUACCUUUCACCAGAAAUACACAUUAAAAUGGGCUAGUUUUGGAUUUUGGAAAACCCUUUGGCCAAAUUGUGAGAAGUACGACUUGAUAAAUGCGUGUUCAAAACUGCAGGUCGUGUUGAUAUGUCUGAGUUUCCAAAACGCGUAAUAAGUUGUUUUGUUUUGUUUUGGGCGAUAAUAUAUAAGCCAUAAUUAGUACUAUCGACAGCCUCACUAUUUGGGGCUAUUUCUCACUUCUUAAUGUCCUCGUUUAUUGACCCAAGCCUCCAAAUGGCUGUAAACAACAUGCAUAAUUCAAACUUUAAUCUCAUUUUCAUUUCAUCUUUAACUCUAAUGGCAUUUCUGAAUUUUAAAUGUUUUUUCUUUAGUUUUUUGGAGUUUUUUUGGGGUUUUUUUUGCAACAGAACAAACUGAACCACGGUUACAUCAUUUCCACAUUUCCGUUGGCUCGUACGCUUUUCAGAUUUGCUAAUACUUAACGUUUUCUGCCCGUGGUAUUACAUAAAAAGUAGCACAUUCGAUCUGAUAGUCUCUUACCUCAUCCUACCCAGAUGCCGGUCACAUGACGUGCCACCAGGAAGUGCCCGAAGCAUCAUCCAAUCAGCAUUCAUAACUUCAUGUCAGUGUGGAAAUUAUAGCAAUAUCACAGUAGUUAUUGCUGUCUGCUCCAUAUCAGUUGAAUUGACAAGGCGUAAGGAGACUGUGAAACGCAUUUGGUAUAACAAUAAUGCUAUUUUAUGACCCGCCAUGAAAUCCCUCCGUUAGACUAAUAUUCAGACAUAUUGUAAGUGUUGAGUCUCAUCACCAACGCAGGACUUUUCUGAAUGGGUUGCCUUGUAAAGAAUUCUUGUACAUGUAUAGAAACUGUGGGACCUGGUCUGUUACACUGUAUAUUGUGCUGAAUAAUGCCUCUUUCAUAUAAUAAAGGAUUUAUUACAACAA